UUCUCAUAUAUUGUCUCUCAUUAUGAGGAUAUACAAAUUGUUAAUCAUAUUAUCGGUAACUAUUGUUGUCGCGAAAUCGUCGCCAAACUUUGGCGACCGGAUCCACAAGAAUGACAACAACUCAUCGCUGAUCGAAGUGUUCCGUCCGAGUCAUACACAGCCGAAGGGCACAGCCGUCGCCGCCAACACCGCACCGGACAGUAGCCGUCAGUCCGACCGCAAGACACCCGUCAAAGACAACAACAGUAAUAAUAAGAUCCAACGCAUCGCCAAUGAGAGACACGUCGACUACAAGUUCUCCACAUUUCAACACAAAGACAAUAAUAUCAACAAAAGUGGUCACGAAAUCGGAGGAAACCCUUUGUUGGCGCCUCCAGUGGUGGACCACCGGUCGGGUGUGACCUCAGGCGGAGUGGCGCCCAGACAUCAUCCGCCGACACCGCAAGAAAUACAGGAACAGCUUCGGCGACACUUCCCGCAAAUGCCGGACUUCGGUUCACUGCACUUCGGUUUCGAUGUCCCGCACGGGUCCAGCAGUGAUCGCGUGAACGACCCGAGGGCUGGCUAUAAGCAGGAAGUGGUCGGCGCACAGAAUAAUGCGGGCAAACCGUUUGGGAAGAAGACCUCCUAUACCUAUAGAGACCCGAAAGACCCCAACAAUUACAUGGAAGUGAGCGAAGUGUCGAUGACUAUGAACCGGGAAAUGGACCCCCAGGAGGCCCAGUCACAGGUGCAGCACUUUAUCGCAAUGGCCAGGAGUGGACAGUACGGCCCCUUUCACGCCAUACCCGUCCGACAUGUGGACCAUUCAGACGGUGACGACAGACAUCCCAAUCAUAAUUACGAGUCCGAAGCGGCCGAACCGUCCGAACCUAAUGAACCCAAUUUCCCAAAGUUUUAA